AUGUCUGCUCAAUCGAGCGUUGAGAUCAUUCCUCCGACUGUCCCACAGACGUCUGGCGGCGCAAAGACUAAGCAACCGAAGGCUUCUAAGAAGAAGCCAAACCCGGCGAAGAAAGACCUCCUAUUUCGUACUGUGGGCGAGUCCCUUGCGAGUCAACUCUUCAGCCACUCGAAGCUACAUAAUACAUGCACUUGUUGUGCACUCGCUGCGGAUCAUCAACGGGAUCAGGGUUUCUUACUUCCACCAGCGGCACAUCCUACGCAUGACGCAAGAUCCCGCCGUUGUGGCAGCAGCUGUUGUGGGAGUAGCAGCAGCAGCCAAACUCUUGUGGAACCCACAUCAGACUCAGAUGCGCUAUCCUCUCGUUAUUCCUCGAACACAUACGGUCGUUCAAGCUCCGAAUCAUCCUUACCUCUAGGACGCGCCGGGUUCGUACCGCUGUCCAAGUCGACAUCCUUACCGCAGAUCAACCUACCCGGUCGAGAUCAUAUGGACAAUGCCGAAGUUUUGGAGAGAUUAGCCGGGCGCUAUGGGAAAGUCUCACAUAUGGUAAUACUCGACCGAAGUUACAAUUUCUUCCUUAACAAAGCCCGAACCGGGGCUUUGUGUUAUAAGGUGCAAAAUCAGGUAGCAAUAGUCGCAGGAGACCCCUUAUGUGAGCCGUAUCUGUUUUCCGAUAUACUGGACGAGUUCAAGGCAUAUCGAAAGCAGUUUCACUGGGGAAUUGCUUUUAUGGGGGCCAGCGACAGUCUAGUCAAGCAUGCGCGACGGCAACAUUGGGCCACAUUACAAUUUGGUGCCGAGCGUGUGCUUAAUCCAAUGACGAACGAUGUGCUUAUGGAGCGAAGUGGCAAGCGAAUCAUCGUCCAAAACAAACAACUCCUCAAUCCAGACAAAGGUGGGAUUACCUUAGGUGCUUACGCUCCAGCAUACGGGGCAGACCCGUCCCUACAGAGUGAGCUAAUGGGCAUUUACGAAUCAUGGCGGCAUCAACGCAACCAGGCCGCCGCCGCAGCCCAGGCUUUUAUUACCGUUUACAACCCGUGUCCCUGGACUGCGACAUAUGCUUGCCAUGGUCCAUAUGGCCAAUAUCAGCAUUCGCAAGCUUGUUCGCUCCGAAGCAAAGUCCGCCUCGCAUAA